GGAAAUGACGUCUGAACCACAUCAGCUUAGGACCGCGUUGGAUUGAUGCAGAGAUGAGCGGGGAGAACGUCAAGCUGUUUGUGGGGAACCUUCCUUUAGAUGCAACUCAAGAUGAACUAAACAAGCUUUUUGCUCCCUACGGAGAAAUAGAAACAUGUUCUUUGCUCAGACAGUAUGCGUUCGUGACCCUAAAGGGGGAGGGCGCAGCAGACAGGGCCAUCCGGCAUCUAGAUGGCAAAGAGUACAGAGGCAGGCCCCUGGUGGUCGAAGAGUCACGUGCACGCCCACCCAACUCCAUUAAAGUGUUUGUAGGCAACAUCAGCGCUACUUGUACAGCAGAUGAUUUACAUGGACUUUUCUCAACCUUUGGGAGAGUUUUAGACUGUGAUAAAGUCAAAGCAAGGUUAUGCUCAAAUGUUGGAUAUGCGUUUGUGCAUAUGGAGAGGAAGGAGGAGGCCCUGGCAGCUAUUGAGGCACUCAAUGGGACCAUGUUCAAGGGGCGUCAGCUGGCUGUAGAGCUUUCCAAAGCCCAACCUUUGAUCAAUCAGAUUGCAGGGGCUGGAGAUUCGGCUGCAGGUGGCAGAGAAGGUCUUCUUCCACGUCCUCCUCCAUCCAUGGAACAUCACCAGAGUCAAGCAGCUGUGCUAGCGGCAGCUGCUGCUGCAGCCGCUGGCUUGCCCAUACAGGUUCAACAAAGUGUCCAUAACUCAUUUUACAACACGACAACCUUUGAUCCGACCUACGCUGCUCUCAAAGGCCUCACAAGUUCUAAAGGUGCAGACGGGGUCAUAUACGGUGCACUUGCCAGCCAAGUGUAUGGAUCUGUUGCUGACCAGGUCUACCAAGAGCUAGCCAAUCACAAUCCUGCUAGUGAAGAGGCAGAGCAACCUGCAGUGCCAGAUCCAACGACACUUUUUGAAGCAGCAAGAGCCAAGUUUUUUCAGGAAGGACAGAAGGUUUUGGCAGAGCAGCAAGCUGGAAGAAAAGCAGCGGCUGCCGCGGCGGCUGCGGCCUCAUCAGAUAAUGAGCGAGAUCGCAGUCCAAUUAGAGGGAACAGAGCCCCUCUUCUACCUGACCCUGUUCCAGGCUCCUUUGCUCAGAUCCGCCCCAAACGGCGCACCCUGCUGCCUACGCCACCUGGAGUCUCUGAAGACGCAGCACCUGUCACCACAACAUCUGAAGCAGCAGAUCCUGUUGCUAGAUCGUAUUCAGAAUACUACCAGCAAAUGCAUCAGUACCAACAGUAUCAACAAUAUCAGCAACAAUACCAGUAUCUCCAGUACGCCUACACCAAUCCUCCUCCGCCACCUCCCGCACCGGCCAGUGGACAGACCCAAGCCCCCACCACAGCCCCCGCCCCACCAGGGACAUACACAGCGCCCCCAACUUAUGCCGCAUCGGACGCCUAUGCCGCCCCAGGAGCUUACGCCAAUUCAGGAGGUUACGACGCAUCAUCGGGGUCCUACGACACUUCUUCUGGGAAUUACAAUGCUUCUUCAGGAAGUUACGACGCCUCAGCAGGAUAUGACACAUCUGGGGGCUACGGAGCAUCGGCAGCAUAUGAUUCAUCUGGAGCUUACCCAGCAACGGGAAACUACUCCACAUCCACACCGUAUGAGCAGACACCCGCACACGGGCAACCCAAGCCCCAGCGUCACGAUUACCCUUACCACACGCCAGAACCCCCUUAUCGAUAGUCCCCACUCCCUCCACACACUCCAUACACACCUCUGACGUGUGUGCUCACGUAUAUAUAUACAUUUACAUGAGGGACAGUUUAAAAAGAAAUUCAAACAGGAAGCCAGGUGGUGUCUGAAUGAGCUUUGGAUCCAAAGCACCAUUAUGUCUUUCUUGGCUAAAUGUUUUUCCCAUUAUCGACAAAUUAGCGUCUUCAGACGCAAGGAGAUAAUUUAGUGGCUUUAAACGGGAUAUUGUUGAGCUUUCAAAGUUGUUUUUUUUUUUUUUUUGUAGAGCAGAACUGGUUCCUUGUUGAAUGUUGAUCCUAAAUUGUUGCCUGGAGGCGUGGUUAGAGUUGGAGGUCAAGCUCAACCAUUGUUCGUUUUUUUUUUUGCUGGAUCAAGAGCCGUUCUUUGGUCUGCAUAGUUUCUUCCCAGACUUGGUUUGUUUCUGUUACUCGGUGGUUUCUUAGGGAAUCCAGUAUGUUUCAAUGUGGAGUAAUGGCUUCUAUUAAUUUGUCCUAGAAUUUAGUAAAUUGUUCGGACAAAUUUGAAAAUUCAAUCACUUGUCACCUAUAUAUUGGUCAACAACAAUCAAUAAAGCUACAUAAAAUAAUCUCUGAUCACGUGACUGAAACUGUACAGAAUCUCAUUUCUAAUCCAUACUAAAGAUAUUCGGUUUUAUUUCAGAUUAGUUCUAGCUUCAUGUAACUGAUGGGUGUUCCUACCCCUGAGCUUUUCCCAUUUUCUCUCUGUUAGGAAAAUGUUUCAGUGAUCCCUGUUUUAGUAAACUUUUUCUUCCAAUAAGGAUUUCUACGGUUAAUAUUUGUGAUUAGGACCAAUUAAUUUAAAGUUUGAUUUAAUCAAGAUGAGUUUAGAUUCGUUUUUGGAUCCAUGGCUCGGUUAUUGAUUUUCAAUCGUCUUCCAAUUUAAUUUAAAAGCAAAUACAUUUCCACAAUUUUCACUACAUAAAAGGGAUCAACCUUCAGCAUGUACUUUUAUCCCCUUUAUUUCAAUAAAAUAAGAUUAGAGACAUGUGUUAGCAGCGUUUUCCCGUACAUUUUCUGUCGGAUUCAUAACUGCUACCUCCCAUUAAUCCGCUGAACACAAUUUUUCUCCUGUGCGUUGUUUUCUUUGAGGGUAUAAAAUCUGUAUCGGCACGCCACAACGUUUAUCAAAUGGCAUCUGACAGGAAAAGCUCGAUCAAUGUUUUUCCAAAGGCACCUCAUGAGAAAAAAGUAACUAGAAAUGGAUUUAAGCAGAAACUCAAACUGACUUAUUUUUCUUUCUUUUUUUAAUUAAGAGAAUCUGAAGAAAUGCUGAAACGACCCACAGUUAAGAUGUAGAAUUUCAGUUUUUUUUCCCUCAAGACCAUUAGUCUGAGGUUUCAUAACUCUGCCGUUUGUUGAGAUGCUGAUUUGUUUUGCAUUAAGUGCUACAGUUAUUUAAACUGGAUUCACUAAAUUUUAUUAAGAAUACUUAAUUUUGUAAUUGGAAAAGCUUCGUGGGAAUUUCACUUUUAUUAGAAUUUGGAUAAAGUGUUUUUUGUUAAAUUAACCAAGGGACAGUGGCACCCAGUUAAACAACUUAUGAUUUUAAAUAAAACGUCUAUAUUCUCCUCAUAGUCUACUGUAAAGAGAUAAGCUCACAUCUCCAAUUAAAAUAUUUUUUUUCUGUUAUUUAAAAGUGGGUAAAUCCAAGAUUUCAGCAGGUUGUCCAUUAGUGUUUUAAGUAAAUACGUAAAAAUGGAUGGAUGACGACACAGAAAACAAGGAGAAAUGAUCUCUUGUUGUCGAUGUUUUCUGCUUUAGGCCAGACAUCGCAUUUGUACAGCCUGGGUUCGCCGUUUUAGCCACUACUACAUCAAAGGAGAAUCUGGAUUUCUUUCAGAGUUCACUUUCGUUUUGAAUGCUUUACCAUUUAUUAGUGAAAGCAUUUUCAAUGCAUUCACAUUUGUUACAUUAUUUUAGACAGCUGUUGUGUACUUGUGAAUUUGUAAGGGCCAGGGGGAUGUCAACAAUCAAGCAUACAUUAUAGAAACCAAGUUGCUUUCAGGUUUUCUCUCAGUAGCUGGUUUUCCUGUUGUUGUUUUUUUUCUUCUACCACUUCAUAGAAAUCAUCAGAGAUAAGGGAAAAUGUACACUUUGGUACUCCUGUAUAUACUCCAAUCGUUUUCUGAAUCUGAAAGAGCCAUGCCAGCCACCCACUGGCUGAUGAUAGAGACUGUUAGCAGGAAGAUGGAGUGAUUGAUUGUUUAACAGUGAGUUGGCAGUCGGGAUUCUUUAAAAUGAGGCUGUAUAGAGGUUUGAGGCCGAGACGGCAAAGGUUGUCAACUGUAGCGAUUCCUCAUUAAAGGUAGCUGCAGGGUAGAUUCUUCCGUUACACGUUGUGGUUUUGUUCGGUUUUUGACUGGGUGGAAAUGAGGUGAUUUAAAUGAUUUCCUUGCAUCCCCAGCGGCAGUAAGAAGAGCAGAUGAUUAGUUUUCUCCCAGCCGUUUUUCACCUCUUGAUGCAAAAGUUGAAUUUGGCUUCUUUUGGGUUCCCAUUACAGUUACUUUGCACUUAUAAUCUAUCCAACUUGGUUAAUAAAGGCAGACUAAACCUAAUAAUAGCCCUCCUUCUACAGUAGUGUCUUGUUUUUUCAUCGGGCACCCCAGCUGACAGUGUAAGGUUCAGAUGACACAUAGCAGCUAAACACUUUCACAUUAUUCCACCUUCUCCAUGUGAACUGUUAGUUGCAUGCAUUGUUGUUGCUGCUGCUCCAGCCACCUUCUUCCUCUUGCUGAUUAUUGCAGCUAGAGUGGGAGGGAGCCAAACUGAGCCCUUGCCCCGGACGUUCGCCGCACGCAGCUGUAGAGUGGGAUGGGGAAAACAGCAGCGUUAGGCCUGAAACUGCUGUGGACGAUGGGGGUGUCCCCCCACUAAAGGUAAACACUCAGACCACACACUUCUGCCCCGCCCCGAAACAUGCGAACACACUCACAAGCAUAUUUUUUUUUUUUACUAAACAGGAACAGCCAUGUUCGUGCUUAGUAUUCCUUUUUUUGUCUUUGGGCUUUUAAUUGGUCAGGAUUUCUGAUAUCUGGAACUUUUUCUCCUGUUUUUUAAUUUUUCUUUUUUUUAACGGGAGUCGAUCUUUUUUUUUUUUUUUUCUCCUCCUUUGGUUUUCUGACUUAUUUUUCUUCAAGCAUACUGAGCUCAUACAUUCCUGUUUCUGACUUGUAAAGUCACCAAACCUCUGAGGACAUUUCUACCACCUUUAUAUUAAAACUGCUUGUUUUCAGCAGACAUUUUGUUUUUACUGCUGCCUAUCACUAAAGAAGUACCGGGCAAUCACAGCCAGAACCAGAUUCGGGACAUUUCAGUGGGGUGGGAUGUUUUAGUUUUAUUAAGGUGACCCGGCGGCCACUUUAGGGGUUAAGUGCCUUGAUGAAGAGCUCUCCAUUUCAGAGUUGAAUAUCCUGGCUCAGGAUCGGUUGCUGGUACGGCGCAAGACUCCCCAUCUCCAAAAAAAAACAUUUUUUUGAUGCCACUUUCAACUUGUAAGAAUGGCAAUGAACACAAAUUCUACAAUGUUUUAAAUUACAUUUUGUCCUUUGUUCUUUGAAAUGUUUCAUUAUCAAUAAAUAAAUUUCAACCAAA